AAAAACGAGACACUUUUCGAACGAAUAUUUGUCAAUAGGAACAAAUCAAUGGAACGAAAACAUUUAUUGAAAGAUGUAUGCGGGGUAGCUUAUCCCGGUGAACUGCUGGUAAUCAUGGGAUCCUCUGGGGCUGGUAAAACAACAUUGUUGAACGCUUUAACGUUUCGGUCAGGCCGUGGCGUAAUUGUGUCGGGAGUAAUGGCGGCCAAUGGGCGAAGAGUAUCCUCUUCGAUACUUACAUCCAGGACCGCGUAUGUGCAGCAGGACGAUUUAUUCGUUGGUACAUUAACCGCCAAGGAACAUCUUUAUUUCCAAGCUAUGGUACGCAUGGAUCGAGAAAUACCUAUGGAACAAAGGAUCAAACGAGUAAAUGAAGUGAUCAGCGAGCUUGCUUUAACGAAAUGUCGGAAUACCGUGAUCGGUCAACCAGGAAGAAUUAAAGGGCUUUCCGGUGGUGAGAUGAAAAGAUUGUCAUUCGCAUCCGAAGUUCUCACCGACCCUCCGAUAAUGUUUUGCGACGAACCAACAUCCGGUCUGGAUUCUUUUAUGGCGCAUCAAGUAGUUUCUGUUUUAAAGACAUUAGCUGCGCGAGGUAAGACAAUCGUUGCUACAUUACAUCAACCCUCUUCGGAAUUAUUCGCACUGUUUGACAGAAUUUUAUUAAUGGCUGAAGGAAGAGUAGCUUUCAUGGGUACAGGUUCGCAAGCUUGCACCUUUUUCGAGACAUUAGGUGCAGCUUGUCCCAGCAACUACAAUCCGGCAGAUUACUUUGUUCAGGUAUUAGCUGUCGUGCCAGGUCGAGAAGUAUCCUGCCGGCACGCUAUAAAUACUGUAUGCGAUUCCUUUCAAAAGAGUGAACACGGAAUUAAAAUUGCGUUGGAGGCAGAAGCGGUGAAUGGCGAGUUCGAAGAUUCUCUGCAAGACACCAAGUAUGCCGAUAAUCGUUCGCCGUACAAAGCAAGUUGGUGCGAACAAUUCCGUGCAGUUCUUUGGCGGUCUUGGUUGUCGGUUAUCAAGGAACCCAUCCUCAUUAAAAUUCGUCUGCUGCAGACUGUUAUGGUGUCGCUUUUAAUCGGAAUCGUUUAUUUCAAUCAACGGCUCGAUCAGGACGGAGUAAUGAAUGUUAAUGGCGCUUUAUUUAUUUUCCUCACAAACAUGACUUUCCAAAACGUCUUUGCUGUUAUAAAUGUGUUUUGCGCAGAGUUGCCGAUAUUUUUACGAGAACAUCGAAAUGGUAUGUAUCGUACCGAUGUCUAUUUUCUAUGUAAGACGCUAGCAGAGGCACCCAUCUUCAUAGCUGUACCGCUGCUUUUCACUAUCGUCGCCUAUCCAAUGGUCGGACUGUAUCCGGGGAUCGAUCACUUUUUCAUUACCGCCGGUAUCGUUGCACUAGUUGCGAAUGUCUCUACGUCUUUCGGUUACUUGAUAUCCUGUGUUAGUGACAACUUAUCUAUGGCAUUGUCCAUUGGACCUCCGGUGAUAAUACCAUUUCUUUUAUUCGGUGGAUUCUUCUUGAACACAGCGUCCGUCCCAUAUUACUUUGAAUGGUUUUCCUACUUGUCUUGGUUUCGUUACGGUAACGAAGCCCUUCUUAUCAAUCAAUGGUCAGAAGUGGAAUCUAUAGCAUGUACGAGAAGUAACGCAACUUGCCCCAAAAGUGGACGAAUGGUCCUGCAAACAUUUAACUUUAAAGAGGAGCAUUUCUGGAUAGACAUCGCGUGUCUCUUCUCUUUGAUUGUCGCGUUUCGUUUUCUGGCAUUUCUUGCUCUGCUCUUGAAGACACGUUUCAUUUUGCUGAUGGCGAUAAACAUUUUAAAAGGCAAUCAAUGGUCCCGGAACAAUUAUGACGGUCAUAAGAAAGAGGAAAGAUCGCAUCGAUCGAGCGGCGUGACACUGUCUUGGCGAGAUCUUUCAGUUUACGCGAUGGAUCGCGGAAGAAGAAAUGUGGUGAAACAACUGAUUGAUAAUGUGCGAGGUGCGGCAAAUCCAGGCAAUUUAACAGCUAUAAUUGGUUCAAGCGGAGCUGGUAAAAGUUCCUUGAUGACGGCAUUGGCUUUUCGCAACGGGCCUGAACUUUUGGUUCACGGCGAGAUUCGUGCGAAUGGUGCGCCAGUAGAUUUAUCGUACAUGAUGAGAAACAGCGGUUAUAUGCAUCAAGAUGACAUAUUUGUCGAAACUAUGACAGUAAUCGAACAUCUGUGGUUCAUGGCUCGCAUGAAACUCGAUGGAAACGCACCGAUAUUAGAGAUUCGGGAAAAGAUUGAUUGUUUGUUGCAAAGCGUUGGCUUAAACAGCAGACGUGAUGUACGAAUUGGCAAUGGUAUCGAUGACAAAGUAUUAUCUGGCGGUGAAAAGAAGAGGUUGGCAUUCGCUACAGAAUUAUUAAUCGAUCCGAAGAUACUGUUUCUGGAUGAACCAACAACCGGGCAAGAUUCUCAUUCGGCGAAUUCUUUGAUCUCUCAGUUAAAGUCUUUUGCUGCAGAAGGACAUACAGUGUUGUGUACUAUACAUCAACCAAGUUCUGCUAUAUUUAAUUCUUUCGACCGCAUAAUCUUAAUCACGGAAGGUCGAGUGGCAUUUGCGGGUCGAACUGAACAGGCAGUACAAUUCUUUGAAAGUCAGGGUUAUGAAUGUCCUCGGAAUUACAAUCCAGCAGAUUUUUUAAUAGCAAUAGCGGCUGCUGGGUCAGAGUCUGAAAAUACCGGGAAAGGAGUAGCGCGAAAACUAUGCGACCUAUUUUUAAUGAGCGACGCUUCCAGCGAAAUUGAUCGAAUCUUGGAAAAGGAAGUUCAAUUCGAGCAGUCCUCGAGUUACCCUUGACUUAUUGUGUCUAUACGCAGGAAAAGAAAACGUUACUGCACGCGCCUUUAUUGGUUGGUUUACCGAGAUGUCUUACAAGUAUUCAGAGAUCCAUCUGUGCAGCUCUUCAGAAUUCUUCAAAAAGUGAGUGUCGCUAUAAUCGCCGGGCUGUGCUUCCUGGGUUCCGUGAGUUUCGACCAACUCGGAAUUCAAGCUACACAGGGCGUCAUUUUCAUUUUGGUAUCGGAGAACGCAUUCUUCCCGAUGUAUGCUACGCUCGCCUUGAUACCGCAACAACUACCGCUUUUACGAAGAGAGUAUCGAGCUGGAAUGUAUCCGAUUCAUCUCUAUUACAUCGCGCGAAUCCUUUCCUUGAUGCCCGGAUUAAUCGUGGAACCUCUAUUGUUUACAACUAUAAUAUACUGGUUAGCUGGACUACGGGAUAGCAUCGAGACAUUUUUGUUGACCUUACUUGUGCUCCUACUUACGAUAAACGUGUCGACCGCUUGUGGUUGUUUUUUCUCAACUGCGUUUGAAAACGUACCAAUGGCGAUGGCGUACUUGGUACCUUUUGAUUACAUUCUUAUGAUUACCAUGGGUCCGUUCCUCAAACUCGGGUCGUUGCCCGUAUACAUUCGAUGGGUAAAAUACAUUUCCUGGCUUUUGUACUCCAACGAAGCCCUCACCAUUCUUCAAUGGAACGGGGUACACAAUAUAUCUUGCGAAACGUUCAAUCCUGAACUGCCUUGCAUCACAGAUGGCGUCGGAGUACUGCAUCGAUAUGACUUUGACGAAACUAAUUUUUGGCCGGACAUGGUGGUCAUGGUUGUCAUGUAUCUCAUCUUUCAUACUCUUGGCUACGUUUGCCUCUGGAAUCGUUGCAGAUUAAAAUGA